GAAACUGAAAUCGAAAUCCCUAACAAAACCCUUUUCUCUCCCUGCUUCACUCUCUUGUCUUUUCCCUUUCCCUCUUUCAUUUCUUCCUAUAUCUCUUGUCUCCUUCUUCAUCUUCUCUCUCUCUCUUUCUCUUUAUAUACCUAUAUUUAUAGACACACAUCAUCUAUUAAUUCCUUUGAUCUUGUUUUUUGGCUAUGGCUUCGGCGAACGUGAACGGUGUGGCGCCGUUUCUGAGCAAGACGUACGACAUGGUGGAUGACUCGUCCACUGACUCGGUUGUUUCGUGGAGCGAUAACAGCAACAGCUUCGUCGUCUGGAACGUUCCCGAAUUCGCAAGCCGAAUCUUGCCCAAAUACUUCAAGCACAACAAUUUCUCCAGCUUCGUCAGGCAGCUUAACACAUACGGCUUUAGAAAAGUUGACCCUGACCGCUGGGAAUUUGCAAAUGAAGGUUUUUUAAAGGGACAAAAGCAGCUCUUAAAGAGUAUUAGUAGGCGGAAAACUUCUCAUGUAAAUGGUAGUACUCAGCAACCAUCUCAGGUGCAGAACACACCUGUUGGUGGGGCUUGUGUUGAAGUUGGGAAGUUUGGGAUUGAGGAAGAGAUUGAAAGACUGAAAAGGGAUAAGAAUGUUCUUAUGCAGGAACUUGUUAGGUUAAGACAGCAGCAGCAAACAACUGAUAACCAGUUGCAAACUGUUGGGCAACGAGUUCAGGUAAUGGAGCAGCGACAACAACAGAUGAUGUCGUUCCUGGCAAAAGCCAUGCAUAGUCCUGGCUUCUUGGCUCAAUUUGUACAACAGAAUGAAAGUAAUAGACACAUCACUGGAGGAAAUAAAAAGAGGAGGCUCCACAGGCAGGAUGAAGAUAGUUUAGCCAACAAGCAUCUCCAUAAUUCUCUUGAUGGUCGUGUUGUCAAGUAUCAGCCUUCUAUAAAUGAGGCAGCAAAAUCAUUGUUAUGCCAGAUUUUGCAAAUGAACAACUCUACGAGGAUGGACUCAUCAAUUAAGAGCCCGGAUGCAUUCCUUAUUGAUGAUGUUCCUACAGCCAUUCCUUUAGAUAGCAGUAGUUCAUCCACUCGAGUAUCUGGUGUUACCCUUUCCGAGGUUCCACAUCCACAAACUUCUGGACAGUCAUAUGUGCCUAUAGAACCACAAUUUCCCGUCAGUCGAAUGACCAGUAGCAGAUCUGAGGUUCAAUCUUCACCAGCAGUGUUUCCUGACUGUGUCAAAGCAGCUGAAUUUCCAGAAUUAAAUGCUCAGAAAUGCCAAGACAGUGUUUUAGAUUUUGGUAAAGUCCAAGGGAUUGGAACUGAAAGCAGCUUCAUGAAUCCUGAUCUCAGUUUUGUGGGGUCUGACACUGCAAAUAUGGAGGAUCUAGAAAUGAUCUCAACUGUCUUGGAUGGAACAGAGUCUAUUGAAGCUAAUGCUUUUUCACCUGAUGCAGAUGGAGUUUCUAAGCUUCCUGGAAUUGGUGAUGAAUUCUGGGAACUGUUUUUAAGGCCAAGUCCUCUCACUGGAGAUACAGAUGAAGUGAAGUGUAACUCUUUGGGAUGUGAUUUUACUGGUGACCAGGAAUUGUCAUCAGAAAAGGAGAUUCAACAGGAAAAUGCUGCUGAUAAAAAACAGCAUAUGGACCAUCUUACCCAACAGAUGGGUCUUCUUGCUUCAAAGUCUUAAACUCUGUAUAUAUGUUUCUUGCAACUGAAGGUAAACUUUUAAGCUUACGUUAUCAAAACAAGCAUGCUGAUUUGCCUUGAAAAUAGUCUAAAGUUUUGUCACUCUGGUGGCAGUUGUAGCGAUGGAGAUAUACAUGCUGAUUAGGACUGUCCAUAAUAACAUCUGACUCUGUUUGUAAAUAUAUAUUUAUGAAGAGAACUUACUUGUAUAGAUGUACUUUCGUGUUAUGUUAAGAAGAUGAGGAAGGAAUUGAGGGGGAGUGAGCUUGCUUGAUCUCUUUUUGUUUUUGUUUUGAUGUAUAAAUGGUAUGUUUUGCACUUUUUAAGUCAUUUGAUCCAUAUAGCCGUCUCCACGUAUGGAGUGAUAAGGCUUAGUUAUUUUAUAAACUGUAUACUUUCUUCCUCAUUUCUUAAUACUAUUCACAUAGUCACAUGCGUCGAUUUUUU